CAAUGAAAAUACAAUUCUUCAUGGUAUCAAAGCUUCACUAAAAACAAAACCCUAAAACUUUUUCCCCCAAGUUUCGGCCUCCUCCUCCCUUCGCCAAACAGCACCGCCGCUGCCCCUCUUCCUUCUCCUCUCGGCCGGCAGCUCCUCCUCUACAAUGACCGACAGUGAGGGAUGGAUUCUCUCCACCAUCACAGAUGAAGUUUCUGAUCUCGUUCUUUCUUCUGUCUCUACUGCAUCUGCCCUCUGGACGGUGAUUCAUGAUUUGUUUCACGACAAUAAGCAUGCUCGAGCCAUGCAACUUGAGCAUCAAUUUCGCACCAUCGUCAAAGGAUCUACCCCCAUGGCUGCUUAUUGUCAAGAGCUCAGGAAUAUUGCGGAUUGGUUAGAUGACGUUGAUGCCCCCGUGUCUGAGCACCAACUAAUCCUCCAGAUGUUGUGCGGCCUCCCCAAUGAUCUCCAAGCCCAAACUUCGUUCCUUCAAUUUCAAGAUCCUAUGCCGAGUUUUCUCCAAGUGUGGUCGGCUCUUCUCCUUCUCGAUUGGCAGAGGACUCUACUGGGCGGAACCAGCAGCACGGCGCUGCUGGCGCGGGUCGGGACGGCGGCAGCUUCAGCGGCAACCAGCACGGCUGCGGUGGCAGCCACGACCCUCCUCACGGCGGCAGUGGGGAUCGGGUUUCUGGCAGCAACUUUGGCGAUGGCUCCUCCUCCGGACAGCGUGGUGGUUUUGGACGCGGACAAGGGCAUGGCAACGGCAACCGGGGUCGUGGUCGAGGGCGCUCAAACGGCGAUUCGAGACAACGGCCACCAACGGACGUCCAAAGUUCCUGGAACUCACCCUACCCAAAUCCUAGCCCCGGGGUGCUGGGCCCCCGGCCCACCCCCGCCCCCUACCCCAGAAGAGCUAGCUAUUCUCCAAAGGAAGUGGGUAGAACUUGUUCAAGCCAACCAGAAAACUGUCCUGGAGAAUCAUCAGCUUGUUGCCGAGCGCAAUAGACUAAAGGAGAGUAUUUCAGAACUAGAAAAGAAGAUUGAAGACUUAGAAGGGCAACAAUCAGAUCUCAAGUAUGAAUUAAAUCAACUCAAAAACUUUCACAAGUGGAUGAGAAGUGCUGGAGCAAAAGCUAUUGAGGAACAAGUGAAUGUUUCAAAAUUUUAUGGAGACAAGACGGGUCUCGGAUUUUCAGGUUCUGAAAGCAAUAAGACUCCACUUGACUUGUUUGUUGAUCGAAGAAAGGAAAUUGCUCAAAAAGUCCCACAAGGAAGGAAAACAGAAGCUGCUGCAUCUGCUGGAACAUCUUCUGCAAAACCUGCUGAAGCAUCUCAUGAAGCUUCUGCUGGAACAAUUUAUGCAGCACCCUAUGCAAAAAGGCAAAGAGUUGUGACACAAUCUAGUAUGAGAAGACACAAGGAUCAUUAUGCUAAACCUGAAAGGUAUUCUUAUAAAAAUUUCUAUGCUAAUUAUGUUUGUUUUUGCUGUGGAAAAAGGGGACACAUUCAGAGGAAAUGCAAGAUUUUUACAGAGCAAAGACACAGAAAAAAGAAUGUGACAACAAGGAUGGUUUGGGUACCUAAGAAUCAGUACAAAACAGGUGAUAAUCCUUGGGUGAAAGAUGUUGCUUCUGAUCAAUGCCAUGUUAGUAGUGCAAGCUUGCAUCAAGAAGAAAAGAAAACAGAUUGCUGUGCUGUUAAGAGUGCUGAAUCAUCUCGUGAUGAAGUGACACGUCCUAGUCAUGAGAGUGUGAAGUUUAUGACUAUGAAAAAACGGGCAUUGGGCAUGUGUAAAAGAGCAUUUGAUGGGAAUCGGUUUGGUAUACUCAGAUCCCGCUUGGGUCUGUGCACACCUAUCUCUACCUGAUUUAGAGGAUGCUCUAAGAGGUGCUUCAUAUCCAGCGUGGAAUACCUUAGAGCAUAGAUGUUUUUGCUGGUUGCAUAAAUGUCUUAUUUUUGCAGAUUGCUACUUUUUCAGAUGCAUCGUCCGAGGGGGAGUCGCUCAAGUGUGGCACAGAUGUGACAAAGUCUAGGUCUUUUUUUAUGUUCAUUAUUGUAAUGCUCAAGCUCACUUGAAUGUUACUCUUCUCUUUUUGCCCCAAUAUUCUUAAUAAAACCUUUGGCAUUUU